CAGCUGAAAAGGAGAACAAGUAGCCAACGUUAAGAAAACAAAGGGAGAAAACAAAGCCAAAUGGAGUAUCAGUUUCGUUUUCUGCUUCUUGUUCUGUGCCUUCUUCUUCCAGCUUUGGUGGAAUGCAGGAUUCGUCGUUACAAUUUUGAUGUGGUGAUGAAAAAUACCACCAGACUAUGCUCAAGCAAGCCGAUUGUUACAGUGAACGGCCGGUUCCCAGGGCCCACUCUUUACGCCAGGGAAGAUGAUACAGUUCUUGUAAGAGUGGUGAACAAGGUCAAAUACAAUGUUUCCAUCCACUGGCACGGCAUUAGGCAACUGCGAACUGGGUGGGCUGAUGGGCCAGCUUAUAUUACCCAAUGCCCAAUUCAGCCAGGCCAAAACUACGUCUACAAUUUCACUAUCACAGGACAAAGAGGCACCCUUCUUUGGCACGCACAUAUUCUCUGGCUCAGGUCCACUGUUCAUGGUGGCAUCGUUAUCUUGCCUAAGCGUGGCGUCCCUUACCCAUUCCCUGCUCCCCACAAGGAAGUGGUGGUUGUGUUAGCUGAAUGGUGGAAAUCAGAUACUGAAGCAGUGAUCAAUGAAGCUCUGAAAUCUGGAUUAGCUCCAAAUGUUUCUGAUGCUCACACCAUUAAUGGACAACCUGGGGCUGUCUCAAACUGUCCCUCGCAGGGCGGCUUCAAGUUGCCGGUGGAUAGUGGCAAGACCUACAUGCUACGCUUGAUCAAUGCUGCGCUCAAUGAAGAGCUCUUCUUCAAGAUUGCAGGACACCAACUUACAGUUGUGGAGAUUGAUGCUACGUACGUUAAACCAUUCAAGACCGACACCGUCUUGAUUGCUCCCGGCCAGACUACCAACGUCCUAGUCACCGCCGAUAAGAACACCGGCAAAUACUUAGUUGCAGCCUCCCCUUUCAUGGACGCUCCAAUUGCAGUAGAUAACAGAACUGCAACCGCCACUCUUCAUUACUCCGGCACGCUUUCUAGCUCCCCUACAACUCUUGCAAACCCACCUCCCCAGAACGCCACCGCAGUAGCCAACAAGUUUAUUAGUUCUCUCCGCAGCCUGAACUCAAAAAAAUACCCCGCCAAAGUCCCAUUAAACAUUGAUCACAGCCUUUUCUUUACCGUUGGGCUGGGCGUCAACCCAUGUCCUACUUGCAAGGCAGGCAAUGGUAGUAGAGUAGUCGCUAGCAUCAACAAUGUCACAUUUGUUAUGCCAACUACAGCUCUUCUUCAAGCUCAUUUCUUUAAUAUUAAUGGCGUUUUCACCACCGAUUUUCCUGCUAAUCCACCACAUGUUUUCCACUUCACUGGAAAGGGACCAAGAAAUUUGCAGACCUCUAGUGGAACUAAGGUUUACAGGCUGAAAUACAACUCCACAGUUCAACUUGUCCUGCAAGACACUGGAAUUAUAUCACCGGAAAACCACCCUGUCCACUUGCAUGGAUUCAACUUCUUCGAAGUUGGCAGAGGAGUUGGGAACUACAAUUCAAAAACAGAUCCUCAGAAUUUCAAUCUCGUCGAUCCUCCAGAGAGGAACACAGUCGGGGUACCCAAGGGUGGAUGGGCUGCCAUCAGAUUCCGAGCUGAUAAUCCAGGAGUGUGGUUCAUGCAUUGUCAUCUGGAAGUGCACACGACAUGGGGACUUAAGAUGGCGUUCUUGGUGGACAAUGGGAAAGGCCCCAACGAGUCGCUAUUACCACCCCCAAGCGAUCUUCCAAAAUGUUAAAAAUUUUCUCGAGACUCCAUACUUAGUCCAAUUACUCGGAAGAAAAGAGAAAGAAAAAGAAAAAAGAAAUGAGGGAGAGUUACAAAGAUUUCCUAUUUGUUUCUUGAGUAAAUGGAAAAUUUUUUUGCUCAAGCAAGUAUAAAUAAAAUCAGAAGAGCAUUUCAUUUGUUAUUAAAAUAUAAUAGCAA